ACAUCCACAUUACUGUCAUUACAGGCUGAGGUUGUAGUAAGUAAUUUAAAGGUGAAACUGAAACGCUAAAAAUCUUCUUGUGAGUCACUGCAGUCUCAAGUCUUUUUCCAUUUUUAGGGGUUUCUGCAUUUAUAGUCAAUCAAAUUUGAAUACAUAAUCCCCCAUUAUUUUUGUAAUCAUUUCCCUCUUACUCCAACUUCUGCCCCUUGUAAAAUUUUCUUGCUACCUUUCGCCGUCCACCUACAGCUUCUUCUUCUUCUUUAUGUCCACCAACCUAACAAACUGCACCCUCUUGAUUGUUCCUUCUUAUUAGUUCUUUCUGUCGGUUACGUUGUAAAAAUCUUGACUUUUUGGUGAAACAAGAUCUGUAACUUGAGAAACCUCAGAUCUUCUCUGUUUUUAUUGGUCAAAGAUCAAUUUUUGGCAUCUGGGUUGUUCUUCAAUCUCUGAUGGGGUGGAGGUACAAGGCCGGUUUGCUUUUAAUUGCUGCUGUCGUCAUUAUUUGGGUUACCUCGGCAGAGGUUACUCAGGAUAUUUUCACAGACUAUAAGCAACCAUUUGCAGUGACAUAUCUCGGAGCUUCUUUGAUGGUGAUUUAUCUCCCGAUAGCAUUUAUAAAAGAUUGGAUAUGUAAUAUCCUGAAGAGACGUUCGCGCAAGAGCAAUCAAGUUAUAGCUGAUGAUGCAUGUCCUGGACUUGGCUCUCCUUUAAAGUACAUUGGGGGACGAAAAGUAUUCGAAAUUGAAAUUCAGGGAUCCCUGAACAGAAAAGACAGUGAAGAUGACUUUUCAGAACAUGAAGAGGGAAAGCCUUUAGUUUCUAAACAAGGAGAUGAUGCUAGGCAUACCAGACCUGAAAAAGCAAUCACAACCAAAGAAAUUGCGACCUAUGGAUUUUACAUUGCCCCUCUUUGGUUUAUCACGGAGUAUUUAUCAAACGCUGCUCUUGCACGUACAAGUGUUGCAAGUACUACAGUCUUAUCUUCGACCUCAGGAUUGUUUACUCUCUUUAUUGGUGCAUUUUUGGGCCAAGAUUCCUUAAAUGUCGCAAAGGUUGUUGCUGUGUUUGUGAGCAUGGCUGGUGUUGCCAUGACAACCCUGGGAAAAACUUGGGCCGCUGAUGAGUCACAAUUAAACACCUCUUCUAGCAAACGCUCUCUUGUUGGGGAUCUUUUUGGACUUCUAUCAGCUAUGACAUAUGGCUUAUUUACAGUGCUUCUCAAGAAGUUUUCGGGUGAAGAAGGAGAGAGGGUUGAUGUGCAGAAGUUGUUUGGUUAUAUUGGACUAUUUACACUUGUGGCACUUUGGUGGCUUGUAUGGCCAUUAACAGCUUUGGGUAUAGAACCAAAGUUUACAGUUCCUCAUUCUGCUAAGGUGGAUGAAGUUGUUAUUGCCAACGGAUUAGUUGGAAGUGUUCUCUCUGACUAUUUUUGGGCAUUAUGUGUUGUGUGGACGACACCACUGGUGGCCACGUUGGGCAUGUCCCUCACCAUUCCGCUUGCGAUGGUGGCUGAUAUGUUGAUUCAUGGCCGCCAUUACUCUGCCAUCUAUAUACUUGGCUCAGUUCAGGUUUUUGCAGGAUUUGUUAUAGCCAACCUUUCAGAUUGGUUGUCGAGAAGUUUGGGUUUAUAGCAGGGGGAAUAAAAUGGGAGUAAUAGGUUUGAGGUUGUUGAUUGGGUAUACUGAGAUGGAGCAAGGGGGAGUGUGUGUGUGUGUGUGUGUGUUUUGAUUCAUUCUUGAAUUUGGAGUUGGUUGUGUGUUGUUGUCUAAGUCACGCAGCAAUGCCCAACUUGUUCUUUUUCUUUUUCGUUUAUAUGUACGCUUUCAACUCAAAAGUGUAAAAAAUAGCUAACUUUUUACCCUGUGAAAUUGAUUCUUGUUUCUAUUA